GGGCCUUUCUGCAGCGGACCUGAACACAUUUCGGGUCCUGUUUAAAGGAGUGAGGUGCGUCAUCAUAGAUGAGGUCAGCAUGUUAUCAUCGGACCUACUAAGACAUGUAGAUCGGCGACUUCGCCAAAUAAGGUGUGAUAGAAUGGAUGAACCCUUUGGGGGCUUUGAUAUCAUUCUCUGUGGGGACUUGAGGCAGCUGCCACCCGUUAGAGCAGCCGAGGUGUUCAAGCGACCAAAGGCGAGUGCAUCCGUGUUUAUCACCGAAGUUAUACCGUGGCAUCACUUGGAAUACUUUCCUCUGACGCAAGUUGUCCGCCAGAGCGACGCGGUGUUCUCGAAUCUCUUAACCAAGAUUGGAGACGGCGCACCGUUGGAGGACCUUGAAGUUGAGCUACUGGAGACUCGGUUUGUCGAUCUAGAUGGGGCAGCGCAGUGUCCCGACGCAGUUCGCUUGUACUACAGCAACAACGAAGUGGAUUCAUACAAUGAAAAGGUUGCCAAUUUAAGUCGAAACAAAGUGGAACAUCCAGCGAGAGAUGUGGUGUUGGGCCACAGGUCGCAAGAAGAGAAAGAAUUGGCUAAUCGGGGAAUGGAGACCUUUAGUCGAGCCGAGACGGGCAACUUGCCUGCACUAGUUGUCUUGUGUAUGGAUAAACCGUACAUGUUGCUCCGCAAUAUAGACAUCACGGAUGGAUUGGUGAAUGGAAUGGUUGGGACACUCAAGCUAAUUGAGUAUGACGCACAAUCAGAACCAUGCAGGGUUUGGCUGCGGUGUCCAGCUGGUGUUGGCGUAAUGGCCAAGCCAAAACUUGCACAGCGUAGGUUUGGCCGUCACAUAAACGGUUGUGUACCCAUAGAUUUGGUGUCCAUGCAAUUUCAACUCAAGGGGAAAUUGCUGAAGCAUAUGUCAGAGAAACGAACACAGUUUCCCUUGAUACCUGCCAGUGCCAUGACCAUACACAAGUCUGAAGGAGGAACUUUCGAUGCUGUUGUGUAUGAGUACGCGUCAAACCACCCGCAGAAACUUGUAUAUGUAGCCCUGAGUAGGGCCACAUGUUUAGAAGGACUGUACCUCACUAACAAGGAAGGGUGCCAUAAGUUUACCCACAGAGGUCCCAAUGUGGAUAACAUUCUCAAAGCAGAGUUUGACCGUUUGCAGAAACAUACCUCGGAGACUGCGUUCAACCGAUGUGAGCAGUUGGUGGCGAACAAUACGGCUACAGUGGCUACAUUGAACGUUAGGUCAUUGUCUAGCCAUAGUGAAAGUAUAUGUAUGGACUCCUUGCUUAUGUCUGCCCAUGUCCUGGUCUUUACAGAAACUGGAGAUUGCACAAGAAAUCCCGUGAUAAUACAUGGUUUCCAUCGUGUGGGUUCGGCACAUCGUGUCAACCAGACUAGAAAUGCUGGAGUGGCUAUAUAUGUCAGGAAACCUCUCCAAGGAACCAUUGUAACACCCCCAGUGCCAACAGAACCAGGAGAAGCGUUGUGCAUACAGAUUCCAGCCUUGGAGUUAGUUGUGGCUGGAGUCUACAUAUCACCGCAGACUGGCUAUGAAGAUGCCAUUAACAUCCUGGCAAAUGGACUGCCUGAACGAAUGGACAAGAGAACAUUGAUCUGCACAAGAGAUUUCAACAAAGACCCCAAAAGAGAUGCAGCAUUCAUAGAAGCCCUUGAUGCCAGGUACUCCCUCGACCUGUGUUCAUUGCAACCAAACUCUACGACCCAUUGGGGAAGCAGCUUGGACUUGAUCCUGCAUAGAAAUGUGGCAAGAAAGUAUGAAAUCAGUGAUGUACAAACGAAGAGCCACUACUUUACAGACCAUCAAAGCGUAUUUAUAAGUUUGAAAAUAAAGGAUGAGACAAAGUGACACCUGUGUUGUCAUUCUUUAGCUAUGAAAUACUGGUACAACUAAGAUUAUCAACCAGUCUAGUAAAACUAAUGGCUCGUUUCGCUCUUAGACCGACAUUUGCAGCACCGGUUAGAAUACAACCUUACACAUUCAGGUCUAAACCGAGUAGGCUUGAAACUGAUGUUCAGCCACGACCUAGCGUAAGAGAGGCUGAAACUAGUGUACAACCACAUCCUCACACAUAGAAGGGGAACGUGGCUACAACCGCUGGGACUACAGCCGCUGCUGCUGCUGGGGGUACGUCCAUAUAGGGAGUGGGAGUAGUGGGGUAACCAAGGGUGUUUCCAAUGUACUUUCCAUGGGUGCCAAGAACGCCGUUGUAGCCAGUGCUGGAGCUGCGUUUGUACAUUCUGCAUUAGCUUCACCGGCAACCACGUAUAUAGCCGCUACAGCACUUCUCGCCUCACUACUGGUACUUGCACACAGAAUGACCAAGAAUUAAAAUAGCUAAACCAAGUAUUACCGAGUAAAUCCAAGUAUAACCAAGUAUUGCCGAGAAAAUCGAGUGCUGCUAAGCAAUACCUCGCCCUCAAAAAAAAAAAAAAUAAGACCGCGCAAUAUGCAACGCAUUCUUGGCUUAACCAAGCUAAGCCUGGCCAUUCUUUUUUUCUCUCCCUGUGUCUCUCAUCCUUUCCCCGAGUGAUCGGCUCGGAAAAGGUAGCCAGGAACGAAGGCGCCGGCAGCCUCCUCCUUUUGCCUUUUCUUUUCUUGCUGUCGUUACUUUUUCGUGAGUUUUGCUCAGCCAAACACAGCUCGCACCUUUCGUACAUCGCCGGAGUUCGCCUCUGACAGCCGACCGAGAAGGUCACGUUAGGAGCUCU